AUGGAGAACUCUCCCGCCGACUCGAUCAUGAAGAUCAAAGACAAGCACAAUGAGAUCCGCAAUGACACCUGGGAUUUGGAGGAGCGCGAGACCAAGAAGAAGUCCUCCGGCAUUCUGAAUGUCAUGGUCGCCGGAUUGGCUCUUUUCAGCGACGGCUACAAUGCUCAGAUCAUCGGCUACAUGGAGCCUCUUUUCUCCACUCUUUACAAGUCUGGCAUGUCUUCAACCAUCAAGGCGCGCUUGUCUAACUCCUACCUGAUCGGAGAGAUUUUUGGCAUGCUCUUCUUUGGUGUCCUCAUCGACCGCAUGGGUCGUCGCACCGGUAUCAUUGCGGCCACAUUGUUCCUUGUCCUUGGUGUGGUUCUGGCGACGGCCGCUCAUGGCACCACGCAGCUGGGGAUGUUCUGGAUGAUGAUUGUGGCACGCGGCGUUGCCGGAUUCGGUGCUGGAGGAGAAUACCCAGUCUGUGCUACCAGUGCCACCGAGGCUGCUGACGAGACUGAUAAGCUUCGCAAACGACGAGGAAUCUUGGUUGCGGCUACCACUGAUUUCGCCGUUGAUCUAGGUUUCGUUGUUGCUGGUGUGGUCGCUAUCAUCGUCCUUGCUUGCUAUGGCCAGCGCUCUUCCGAAGGAGUCUGGCGAGUUUGCUUUGGUCUGGGCUUUGUUCUGCCUGUUGUGAUCUGCUUCUUUCGGGUUCGCAUGGUCAACUCUACCCAGUACAAGAAGCAUGCAAUCAAGUCUAGCUACCCAUAUCUUCUGGUCAUCAAGCGCUACUGGAAGCCCAUGCUUGGAACUUCUCUGGCCUGGUUCUGCUAUGACUUUGUCACCUAUCCAUUCGGUCUGUUCUCCUCGACAAUCGUUGAACAAUUGAUGACCAAUAACACAACCACUCAGAAUAUCGGAUAUGGCACGGUGAUCAACUGCUUCUACCUGCCUGGGUGCAUCGUCGGUGGAUUGCUGAUGGACCGCAUCGGCCGUAAGCAGACCAUGACCCUAGGGUUCUUCCUCUGGGGUAUCUGGGGCUUCAUUUUGGGAGGCGCUCUUGGCCCUAUUCAAACCAUCUUUCCCCUAUUCGUUGUCAUGUACGGCAUUUUCCAAGCUCUCGGUGAGAUGGGCCCUGGCGUUGCUACAUUCCUGUGCGCCUCAGAGUCCUUCCCCACCCCAUUGCGCGGCCACUUCCUCGGUUUUGCUGCUGCAUUCGGAAAGGCAGGAGCCUCUAUCGGAACCCAGGUUUUCACCCCGAUCCAGAACUGCUUCUCCACCACCGAAAAGGGCCAACAGGCAGUCUUCCUCAUUGGAGCUGCCUUCACAAUUGUCGGAGGACUUAUCUCGUGGUUCUUGAUUCCCGAUAUGUCUCGGGAGCUUGAGACCGAGGAUGCCCGCUUCAAGGCCUAUCUGGAGGAGAAUGGUUACGAUGUCAGCGAGUAUGGUGAAGCUCUCGUUAUCAAUCAGCGUGGUUGA